AUGCGAAACAUUCACCUUCAGGAUGUUAAUGCAGAUGUGGUAAAUUGCAUCACUAGUGCUUAUCGUUCUAAGGAAUUUCUUAUUUAUGAUUACCCCGGAAGCCCUAUAUACCAUGACCUCUUUGACAAGUUUGUCGACGCCAUUGACGCAUUUGUGCUAAUGUUCGAUGUUUCGGAUCGAACGAGUUUUGAGGCGUGCCCUCUGUGGGCUCAAAAAGUAAAGGAGGUGGCUAAGGGCGUCAGCGUCCCAGGCAUUCUUAUUGGUAACAAAACCGAUUUAAUCUUCCGACGUGACAUAACUGAGGCUGAAGCCAAGCGGUUUGCCGAAGAGGCUGGGAUCAAGUACUACGAGUUGUCGAUUGUGAGCCAUGCAGCGUAUUAA